AUGGAAAACCCUGGUUGGUACACUCAAUGCACUCCACACCAGGCUGAAAUUGCACAGGGAAGGCUCGAAUCCCUGCUUAAUUUCCAAACAUGGGUAAUAGAUAUUACUGGUUUACCCAUGUCACAUGCUUCAUUACUCGAUGAAGGAACCCCAGCUACAGAAGCCAUGACGAUGUGCAAUAACAUCCAGAAGAAUAAGAAGAAAACAUUCAUCAUCGUAAGCAACUGCCACCUACAAACGAUCGAUAUCUGUAAAACCAUAGCAGAUGGUUUCGAUCUUAAAGCGAUCACAUCAGAUCUGAAAGAUUUCGAUUACUCUUCUGGUGAAGAAGAUGGAUCGGGGUAG